UCGCAGAACUUUAAAGUGGACCGAGGCAAAAUCAUCCCUCUGUUAGCAAGGCGACAGCCCAUCAAUAUCACGCACACUGGCAUGCAAAUAAUCUCAGCCACUGUAUACCUGGGCGGCUUUAAUCCACCUGCCGCUUUCAUCCCUCCUUUGUUAAUCAUUAUUUGCAUGCGAAACCAGCAAACGCGUUUCCUGAUGAGCUGAGCUGAACUUCGUUUCCAUCAGCACUAUGAGUUUCUUUGGGAAGUUGAAGAGCCUUGGACCCCCAGCUCCACCCAAAAGGAUUGAUAACAGCCCUGCUUAUGACUGGCCGGAAAAUGAGUUUGAUGAGGAUGACUGCGAUACCUAUGAGGCCCCGCCGUGUGAGCGACCUGUCCUGACGGUGACCCGAAGGCCAGUGGAGGGCAAUGUUUACAUAGAGAGAUCCCCCGCUGCUGUUCCUCCAAGACAGGCCUCACCCCCCCGUCCAGCUAAGAUGAUGCCCGUCGGCAAAGUCCCGAAACCGGAGCCACACAGGGAUUUCGAUGAAAUGCAUGUCCAACUCAGUGCCAGAAAACCACCACAAGUUAAUCGCAAGGAGAAGCCUGGAACGAAGAUCCCCCCAGCACGGGCUGCUCCAGUCCCUGUCCAAGUAACCCAGUGUGAGGAAGAUGUGUACCUGGACCCAAAUGAAGGACAGGAGGAUAGUGACGACCUUUAUGUAGAGCCUCAUGGAGCUUGUCCCUCAAGUUCCCCCAAUACUCGGGCCCCUAUGUGGAUGCCCACCUCUCCCAAAACCGCACCCUAUGAAGCUCAAGCUCCCAUAAUGAAGCCGCCAGUGCCCACCACCAAGGCUAAUGCAGCCAUGCCAAGUAACGUUUCAGCUCCGCCUCCUGCCCAUGAAGUCAGGCCCCCCCAACCAAAGCGCCCCCCUCGCAUCCCAGGCCUGAAACCCCCCAUCCCAUCCCCCAAGAAGGAAGCAAAGUCCAGCAUGUCAUACAGCCCCCCACCUCAGCCAGCCAUGGAGUUCCACACAGCAGGUAAAGGCAGCCCAACUGCUGUGAAAGCGCCCCCCAUAUCAGGGAUAGAGGCGUCACGUCUGCUGGACAUGGAGUGGUUUGCUGGGAGCUGUGACCGCAAGGAGGCUGAGGCAGUGCUGCACAUGGUGAACAAGGAUGGAGCCUUCCUGAUACGCCACAGCUCAGCGCAAAGCACGCGGCAGCCAUACACACUGGUGGUGCUGUACCGCGAGAAAGUCUACAACAUCCCUGUACGCUUCUUGGAGGAGACGCAGAGCUAUGCCCUAGGCAAAGACGGCAAGAAAUCUGAGGAGUUUUAUGGAAGCCUUAUGGAUAUCAUCUCUCACCACAAGAAUAACCCCAUCGUCCUGAUCGACAGCAAAAGUCAGGCGACACACACCACAUAUCUCAGCCACGCCGUCCGCCCGUGACACAAAUGGCUCCUGAUGCUGUUUCAUUAAUGACAACUGUAUCAUGCAUUGAACAUCGAUUCUCUUAUAAUUUAAAUAGACACUGAAACCUGCAGUGCUGGAUGUCUAUGUUCAGUCUGUAUACCUUAGCACAAUUCCCUUUCACAGCAUAGAUAACCAUUUACGCACUGACAGAGUACAGCCUUUAAUACACCCUCAGAUGGCCACACACAGUUCCAGCAGCUAUACAUUUAUACCUAACUUUUGUGUCUAGUGUACUUUUAUACUUAGGAGGAAAAAAAAGAAAAAAAAACUUAAAUAAAAUGUGAUCACAGCCCAAUUUUUCCUCACAUUUACAUAAUUGUUUAGACAGGGCAUGUAAUAACUGACUUAUUAAUAAGUAUAGAUUUUAUUAUAGUUAUUAUUAUUUAUAAAUUAACUUUUUUGGACUUUAUCAUUUUGUGAAAUACUUUUUAUUUCCUUCUGGAAGUGCCAUGGGCCCCUAUGGUCUUCAUGCUCUCUCACCACUUUUGUACCUGCAGGUCCCCUUUUGUGAAACAUCAGCAUUAUUGGUGCAGAGCUGCAGUCUGUUCCAACAGCCCUGCAUUUGUUUAUUCUGAGUUGCUGUUGUAAUCACAGUAUGGGGUCCCUAGCACUGUUCUGUUUUCAUUUGGAAGUACCUGAUUAAAUGACAGUUUCAUCUAGAUCAUAACUUUUGACACUGAUAGUGGCAGAUAAACAUAACCUUUCUAAAUACACAAAGUUUUGGUUAGAUGUGAUUAUUUAACUGUUAUCUACGAUUUGAUUAUGAAUUAUAAAUUUAUGAAUUUAUUAAUAUAGCUGAGAACUUCAAGGCUCACCAUUCCAUCAGUAUGGAAAGCUAUCCUAUUUUAUGGGUGGAAUGAAUUACAAGAGUGUUUUACACUGGCAAGUGUCUAUGUGGAAUUCUCUGUGCAGUAGACGAAUAUUCAUUUGUAAUUAGUGGUUAACCACUGUUUGUGCUGGUGCAGCUGCAUGGUCAUCACUCUUUUCAUUACUUUUGGAUUAUAAUCUUUUAAAGCCUAAAGUAUAUAAAAAAUUAAGCACUCUU